AUGUACAAACGGUCCAGGCGAAACACUACUGGACGACGCCAGCGACUGGUAGAUCUGUUCUAUCGAAUGGACACAAAUCACGACAGGAUUUUAAGCUGUCAAGAGGUAAACUGCUAUCUGCGUCAAAAUGGAUACGACGAGGCUUCGAUCAUGGUUAGUUGUCCUUGGGUCAAUGAUUUUGAAAAGAACAUUUUAUAUUAAAUUCUCAUGUUUGACAGAAAGUAUAAAUGACAAUUUAAUCUUUAUCUACGUGAUACCAUUACAAAAUUCGUUAGCUUUGGGAAACUCGGUUAUAUUUUCUGGAACAUCUCGUUAUCCUGCCUUUACCCCCGAGUGCCUUCAAGUUGUGUAAGGGAAGAUGCACACAGUAACUGUUAUAUAUGCCACUACUAAACAAGCAUGACUGUGGGGGCAAGUCCUCGAGUUCCCAACGUAUAAAUGACUGAGGACAAAGAGCACUCUUUCGAGGGUAACUCGUUGGCCCUUGCAAUCGAAGUAGCAGUCUUCCCGUUUUGCUUGGUCAUGUUUCCACUAUGACAAUCGGGAGUCCAAUUUCUGACACUGUCCUGCUGGGGACGUUACAAAAUGCUCUUUUAAGAAAGAGUUUACUAACUGCCAAUGAAUGUACCUGGCGGAGUUAGUGUUAACUGGUUAACAUUUCCUCCUUAUAGUCAGCGGUUAGCCCAAAAGAUCCUCUAUCCCUUCGCCAUCUUCUGAACGGGGCAUGCUGCAGGAUGUGGAUGACUUUGUGCGUUAUGUCAGAAUGAACUUCUCAGGGGUGCCAUCUAUGACGUUUUUUGGUGAACAAAUAAUAAUUAUCUUUAAGUCUACACAUUCUGUAUGAUCUAUGUAAGCGGUUACGUCAACCAGCGCAAAACUUUUCCUAUGGCUUUUUGUGUGUAGAAAAUUGGGUUAUUUGCAGCUACGCAGGCGUCUCUGAACUAAAAGAUUUGACAAAUUUCCUCGUUUUUGCCAUCUAAAAUAUAAAGGUAACUUUGCAAAGGAUGUGUGCUGAUUGUUCUAGUUGGAUAAUUGACCAAAUAUUUUGUCAACCUCUAUUUUGCAGUGAACAUUGGAUCGGUCCCGAAUUCUAGGUGCUGUUGCCUGACCAUACCAGCGUUGUUUCUGAAAGGCGUCCUCGUCCAGAAUAAAAUUGCACUAUAGUUCGCACUAAUUAUGGGCGCGGAGUAAAGUCAUGCUUCAUAUGAAGUGACUGAUUCGAAUUUCGAAUCCUAUUCCGCCUCUAGAAAGCAAUGGAACGGUAAAGUGCAGGACAAGUUUUUUAUUAUAUGAAACCAAUACUCUUACCUUCUUUUGUUAAUAAAGUAUUUAAAUACAAUAAUAUUGACACCUCUCCCACUUCUGUAUUUGUCGUGCAUAGGGGUUCUGGCAGACAUUUGACCGAAACCGCGACGGUCAAAUCACGGCGGAGGAGUACAACAGAGUUCUGGCCAGGCUACCGGAUGACAGCCUCGAGUAAGUCCGCUACUCCUGCAUCUUCUCAGAAUACUGCUUCUUAAAUUCAUACCACGCUCUAGUUUUCGCUGAGAAAAGGACUUUCGCACUCAUUUUCAGUUUUGGCGAAGAAGUGGUACUGAUAUAAAACGUCUACUUUGAAUAGUACUUGACAGAAGGGUUGGCGUGCUCAAGUUAAAUGCCCCUCUGCUGACUUCCGAUCAAACUGAACAGUCAAAUGCAGCAAUGUUUUCUGUCUACCUCGGUUGCGGAACUAAACAAACACACGAAAGUUCGACCGUCUUGACCGGCGAUGUCCACCGUGUGUUCCACAGUAGAACAAAAGCAGGCACGGUAGCUUACGCGUGAUCUCCUUCAUAGUGAUAGUAGACUUUAGCCGCACCCACCGCACUCUCUCCUCCUCCUCCUCCUCCUCCUCCUCCUCCUCCUCCUCUUCCUCCUACUCUCCCAACUACCUGGACCAAAGCAUAGUCAAGAAGAUCGGAGGUGGGAGAGGGCGCAGGAGGCUGGGGCGGCCAGGCUUAAAACCUAGGCGUACCACUGCACUCCUUGGCCCACAAAAAACACUUGACCGGGAUUUUGUACACCAAGAAAUUAAAAGGGGGGGGACUGUUUGGAACCCAAAUUGACGCGGCGAGAGCCUGCAAGUGGGCCUGGAACAACAACCCCGGUCCACAAUUCACACUGACCAGGAUUUAGACCCUAACAAAAAAUACGGGCGACGGCUGACGCGGUCAGAGCCGCUGCUGGUCGUGCCUCGAUACCUAGUUCGAAUCCCACGGUGUGGGAGUGCCACCUACGUGCAAGGUGUAAAUUGUGUCUGUGUUGUGUGAUGAGGGCUGAUGUUGGCGCACGGUGCAGAUGCUCGUGAGGAGAUUCGAUGGUGUGGUAUGUCUGGCGGGGAUUUACCGCUGGCUCUAGGGAAUGCAUUUGUGGCUGAAGAGGCCAGUGCUGUGGCUGAAUGCGCGAGGACAAUGAGGGUACUUGGGGCAAGUGCGUGUGGUGUAUGUUGGUGCUCGAGGCACUGAUUCGCCAGGCCGACCCAGACACACACACACACCCCCACACGGUUUGACAGUUGCGCCCUGCCGCGUCCACUGUGUGCCCCACAGCGAGGCGAGAAGAAGGACGGUGGUUUGAACGUGAACUAGGUUAUAGUGAUGGCAGACGUGAGCUGCAUCUAGCGCACUUUCACCUCCCUCAUCCGGCGGAACCCGUUGUCAAGACGGAGACAAGAAGACCGGAGGUAGGGUCGGGUGCAGUGGAUGGCAAAGUUAGACAGCUCGUCUGUGCGUGCCACACACGCCCGGUUCGCGCACAGAGGACCGGCUGGGAUUCCAGCUGUUUCAGUUUUCGAUUUCAGUUUAUUUGAUGGAAACAUAGGUGUUGAGCCAUUGAACACCCUGUUUGUUCCGAGGAAGCGAAUUAUAUCAAAAAUUUGAAAAUGGAAACACCAAACAGCUACAGAAGUUUUUUUUUCAAAUUGGAAAACUUUUCGAAACCGGUCAGAUAACCGAGUUGUUCCAAGUGUUCAAAAACCUUAACAUCACUAAAUGUGCUGUACAGUAGUCGGUCUGUGAAUCAUUGGCGCGACCUCAGUUUCUGAGGGAGGCGCAUUGAACGUCAACACUAAUUCAACGGAUUUGUGUAAUAAAAACAAACGUUACUGAAAUACGGGCAGUAAUAUAAUAACAUUAUAAAACCGUCAAAACGGAAUGCUAAGACGAUAUCAAUCAGGUGACAAUAUGGCGUUUAUUGGUAUACUGGUAUAACUUGCGCUUAAAAGCCUCGAAGCAUGUGGGCAUGACGACAUCUGCAGGCGGAGCAUUCAAAGCCUCGGCCCCUCUGCUUAAAAAGAAGAACUUCCACAUGUCCAGCCUGGCGCCAGUCACACGUAGUUUAGGUGGAGGUUCGUUGUGGUUGCUAAUUCAAAGAAAUCAGCAGGUAAGAGACAGCAGUCCUGGCUGCGCAUUAUACGGAAUGUUAGUAUAAGGUCGCUUCUUAGCUGUCUGUAACUCAGUGGAAAAAGGCCGAGAUUGGACAAUAGUGUUUCAUAGGGUAGUGAACCCUGUCCACUUACGAGUUUGGUUGCCCGCCUUUGGACUUUCUCAAGGAUGCUGAGAACUUUAGAGGUCCAGGGUUUCCACGCCUGAAUAGCGAACUCUAACUGUGGCCGUACGAAAGUCCGAAAGACUUUAACGAAGCAGUCCUCAUCGAAGAUAGGGAAAGCUCUCUUGACAAGAUAAAGGACUGACAUCGCGGACUUGGCUACCUUGGAGCAGUGGAGCGACGGUUUAAGUGAAGCCGUGACCCACACACUCAAGUCUUUCUGGGCGUCUACCUCCUGCAGUGUUUAUUCAUUUAGGUGGUAAACCCUCCGGCUCAGGGAUCGGGUUUCACCGACUCGUAAAACAUUGCACUUAGUUAUAUUAACUGGCAAAAGCCGGUCCUGUGACCAAUUUUCGAGCCGGUCCAGGUUUGCCUGAAAACGCCCUUCGUCAAGUUCAGCUCGGAUGAGGCUCCAAACGUUAACAUCAACAGCGAACAUGGCGAUACUACACUUCAGUUCACUGGCGCAGUCGUUAGCGUAUAUAAUGAAUAGGGUAGGGUCAAGGACGGAGCCUUGAAGAACACCGCCUUCAACCGCCACCUACGUCAACUCCCUCUCACCGACGUAGACAGUGUGAGAGCGACCGAUAAGGAAGCUUUGUAUCCACAUCAGGAGAUUACCCCUAAUGCCCGUUCGGAUUAAUCUGUACAGGAGACGCUGAUGUGGUACACUGCCAAAUGCUUUCUUAAAGUCGACGGAGACUGCGUGCACUGCAUUGCCGCCAUCGACUGCUCGGGUCCAGCGUUUUACACAACAAAGGAGGUUUGUCAUGCAUGAUCUGCCUCUACGAAGUCCGUGCUGGACAUCGCACAGCAAAUUAUACUGUCCUAGGAAGCGCAUUAUUUCUAGCUUAAUUAUUUUUGGCCAUAACUUUGCAGCAAAUUGAAGUAAGGCUGAUUGGUCUGUAGUUGCUUGCUAAGACCUUACUGCUGCCUUCAUAAAUUGGCGUGAUCCCUGCAUAUUUCCAAUCGGCGGGUAAAUAGCCUGCUUCCAACGAAGCUUGGAAGAGCAUCGACAGAGGUUUAGAUAGUUAUCCAGCGAUCUCCUUCAACAAUUUGGGCGGUAUGUCAUCCGGCACAGGUGAUUUAGAAUUAUUCAGCGUCAACAGUUCUUUGCAAACAGUAGGUUCGGCGAAAGAGCAACUCAAUCGUUGGCCUGUCCACUAUGUUGCAGUCGGGAGGAAUAAAUGCGGUUUCCUUCGAAAAGAUGGACUUAGACAUUGUGAAAAGUGCUCUGCCUUUCUUCGCCUUCACUGAGUUCCAGAUCGUCGCUGGCUUUCAAUAAUGGGGUUGGGUCUCUGUUUCGCGUGCUCCCUCUUAUAUAACCAUAGAAUAACUUCGGAUUUUCUGCGGCUCGAUUCAGUAGGUCUUUCACGAUAGUACGCCGCGUUCCGAGAAUAAGUUUCUUAACUAGGUUCCUCUGUGCCUUGUAUGCAUUUAUCAACAGAGCUCCUAUCUCAGAGGAAUUUCCUUCAUAACCUCCGCUUUGUAUUCAUUUCUUUUUUAAAGCUCGUGAUAUCCGCGGGAGUCUGCUGUUCAGUUUCUUCCGUGAAAUAGGACAGCAGUCACGGAGAACAACGAGCAAUAACUCACUAAAGCACUCUUAAUCCUUGAUUAUGUCACCGGAGAAAGCUGUUCCCAGAUUGUGGUGUUUAGUUCAGCUUUCAUUUGGGCAAAGUCGCCAUUGCAGCCUGUCUCUCUGUCCUGGGGGAGGAACGGGUUAUCCCAUCAACUGGCAGAAUUUAUAUGUCCCUGCUUGAGUCAGAUUAUUUAUAGUAAGAAAUACGCUCCAAGUAUCAUGGUGAUGGAGUCCUCGACGUCGAUCUCGUUCUCUCUUCCCUCUCCCAUACGCCAGUCUACUGUCUGAACUGGUCAGCCAUAUGAUGAGGGAAUUGGACGUAAGUGGCUGACAAAGCUGAAUAGUCCGUCUGAGCGUUCCUCACACGACCUAGCUCCCAGCACAAAGUACUGGGUUUUCGCACAAAAUUCCCAUUUGGACAGGAGCUAGGCAUAUAACCUUCACAGGUUGCAUUAUGACGAGUAAUCGACAAUGAGGAAAGUGGCCAGCAAAGCGUGAAAGUUUAAAAUGGACAUUUCAGAUUUAUUCCUAUUCUCGAAGAGCCAAGAGGUCCAGCAAUUCAACUUCUGAUUUGCUGACUAAUGUCCAAAGAGUCAAGGUCCACAUCGGCAUCCUACCGAAGUUGAGCUGAGCAUUGCUAGCUGACGACGCUGACUAGGCCAGAAAUGAUAAUUCCGAAUCUGCCUGCAUUGUCGGUGCUUUUCCCAGCUUUAGAAGUUUCUGUCGAUAGGGGGCUCGCGUCGUUGAAAAAGGAGAAGGGGUUGGUCUAUUACUCGUCGUUUUAAACGGUUGAUAAACCCACGCGUUCCAGAAAAAUUCAUAGCAGGUCGUCGAUAGUAUGGCUUCACUAACAAUCAGCAAUCGCGUUAUACAACGAUACAUCCAGCACUCCGAAAAACAGCUGAGUCCUGUCUUUAUCUGUGCUUUCUCGCAGCGACUCAGUGGAGCACGUUCAAAUGGAAACUAUCGGUUUCUAGCUUGUUUGGAAAAAUUUACGAAACAAUGAAGGAACGCAGGGUGUUGGGGAAAAUAUAUCCCUUGCAGUCGACACCUACUCAUAGUUUCGAUUUGGUAAGAUAUUCACGCUGUAAAUAUUCCUACGAAAGACGAGUUAUUUAAUUUCAGAUUGCCUUUUUAAAGUCUAAAGUUCAGCCCCAUUUUUUCUGCUUCCAUCCGCAACCACGUAACAAAUCGUUGCGCUGCCUCUGAGGAAUCCAGAACCGAAGUUUGUGUCGCGAAGCAGUCGAAGAUUGACCAGACUAGUAGCUGGACUUUUACUUAGCAAUUCUGCUUGGGGUAAGAAGAAUUUUUGAGAAUAAAACCCCAGUUAGUCCAUAUCCGUCAACGGAAUAAUCACUACACACGUCAGCCUCCACCGGCAUGUUCCCUUCUUAGGGAAACAAUUUACUGGUGAUUUCUGGCGACAAAUACAAUCUGUAAGUAGGGCUACUCUCUGCAGGAUGAUGGACACGAAUGAAAGUGAAUGGCGUUAACUCACGUGGGCGUAGUUGCGAAACGGAAGGCUUCACUCCAGGGCUAAGCGGAAUGUCUGCACGUCGUCCUGCAAACCGGCCAGAUCGGUGACACAACCCACACGCGACUUUAGACACUUGCGAUCGUAUCCAACGGAGCGUAAACCGGUUGCUCCACUGUAAGAUAGUUAAGUUCCAUGGCUAACAGGAUCCGGCGUCGGAUUUCACAUCCUUCUGGUCUGAUGUCUGGUUAUAGACGGUUUAGAAUAAUAAAUAUGUCCGAAGUAGACAUACCAAUCCCUUCCGUCUUUGUCAAUAAGCAUUUCGGUGAUCCCAUUCCCGUCGUCUGCUAAUACAUCCAGUUUCUGGCUGAGGACUACCUGCACAGGCACGGGUAAGUCAGCUUUCCUACCUCGCGAAGUUACCUAGGAUGCUCCUCGUUACGCCCGGCCAGUUGCAGACGCCGCAAAUCUCUGUAUUAUAUGCUGUGGACAAUGAAAUAAACACCGGAUCAAGGGAAUUGUACUGCUGACGUUUCAGAGACCAUGGUUGGCUCUCCAUUGUCAAAGCAUUUAGUACAAAAAUUGACCAGAAUUUUAGACAAACGGCCGAAUUAAUUGGGCUUGGGCUGAUCGAUUUUUUUCUUCUUUCGCAGCCUUGGCCGUCUGACCGUCGUCUGUGAAGGUUGGUGGCCUCCUGUGUUGUGUGUCGUCACCUCAGUCGGGGUCGGUUAUGUUUGUGUCGCCCGUUUUGGGUGAAUUAGUCGACGGACCAUGUUUGCUCGGUAUUCCUAAGCUCCGUAUGAUCGUGUUGUCCUAGUUAUGGCGUACGUAGUGACGUAGGCCUUUAUAGGCCGCAGGAAGGCUUAUAUGUCUGUUGGUGAAGUUGGCGUCUAAGUACCAAGCCUCAAGUGAGGCGUUCCGCCCUUGAAGUGCCCCGGCCUAAGACAGUUGCUCCUUGAAAGUCAAAACUGUGCCACCCACCGAAACUUCAGCAGUUGUUCAUCAAAUACGUUGUUACGAUGGAGACUGCAACUACGUUGGGGAAACCGGACGGGUAUUUUAGACCCGCCUACAUGAGUAAAAACUGGAAACUCGGAGACUAGGCCCAAACCCACAGCUUGCGACUCACACUGGAGAAACUGGCCUCAGUUUUGACUUUCAAGGAGCAACUGUCUUAGGCCGGGGCACUUCAAGGGCGGAACGCCUCACUUGAGGUUUGGUACUCAGACGCCAACUUCACCAACAGACAUAUAAGCCUUCCUGCGGCCUAUAAAGACCUACGUCACUGCGUACGCUAUAACUAGGACAACACGAUCAUACGGAGCUUAGGAAUACCGAGUAAACAUGGUCCGUCGACCAAUUCACCCAAAAUGAGCGACAAACGCAACCGACCCCAAUUGAGGUGACAACACACAACACAGGAAGCCACCAACCUUCACAAACGACGGUCAGAGGACCAAGGCUGCGAAAGAAGAAAAAAAAUCGAUCAGCCCAAGUCCAACUACUUCGGCCGUUUAUCCAAAAUCCUGGUUGAUUUUUGCACUAAACGCUUUGCCAAUGGAGAGCCGACCAAGCUAUCCGAAACGUAAGCAGUACAAUUCUCUUGAUCCGGUGAGCACUUCAUUUUUCUCAGCUUACCGACCCGGAUCGCUUACGUUAGCUAACCUGUAUUAUAUCCGUCCAUUAUGAGCUAGUCAUACUAAUCGGCCAAGUAAAGGGAGGCGUGGAUACUCUUUUGCCAAGGAAGACAUUCAGACGCAUUUUCCAGGGAGGAGGGCGUGGUGUUUGGGGUCUUCCAAUAGCUGUAAACGUUAAGACAGCUUCCUUUAGUCAGACAAGAGUACUUUAAGAUAUACGCACUAACUACGUAAACAGCAUCAGAAUAAGUCUUGGGAGCAGAGCCCCACAGCGCUGUUACUGAUUGUUCACUUGCGGAAAAGGUAGUUCAGAAACCCUAAGAAGAUACUGUUUCUCUGGACGACGGUCGAGUACGUAAGCCUCCGGCUUUGUUGCGAUAACAGGCCCGCUUAUUCGAUUUAGGUGGGAGUGUUAUAUUAGAGUUACUCUUCUGGCUAGGCUUAAAUGAUUACAUUUACAGUCAUGCUCGGGGUUAGGCUCAAAGUUAUAGUUAACCUAAUAUUGCGGUUAGAAAAAGGAUUAGAGUUGGGGUUGGGGUUACGCUUGCCUGCCGCAUACCGUCUCACUCAAUCUAGCCUUCUUCAACCAAUAACCAUAGAUUACCUGUGUUUCACCCCUUUACACACUCCUAGUUCGCAUAUUUUAAUCUGCGCGACCUGAAGUAAUAAAAAAAACAUACGGCAGAAAUGCGAGUCUUCUCAAUGCCUUCUACAGGUUUCGUCACUUGCCGCUGUAAUCUGCCCUACUGGUAGGAAAAAUCCUAACACACUUCCCAUUUUACUGGGAUACCUAGGUCUUAUUUUGUCACUGGGUUCAAACGUCUAAUCAUUUCCAUUUUUUAUUGUGAUCGAACUCAGUCCCAUAGACAUCUCAUUAUAUCGCUAAGUCAUCAACAUUUGGGGUCUUCCCAACCUGCUUUAUGGCAUACUAUCAUAAUAGAACGUCACAAUUCACUCGACAUUUCAGAUAAAACCGCAGGCAACGCUUUGUUUUUCUUUUAAGGAGAUCGAGCCAAGGCCAUUCAUAUCAUCCUUUUGCACUGAUAAAGAGGACUCCUUCAAAGUCGCUUGAGGUCGCUUCUAUCGGCAUAACUCGGUCAUCUGGCUGAAUAAUAUGCUGACAUCUAUACAUAUACAUGUCCAAUGCGUCGGUUCGGCUCGUAAUAUAGGCUUGGUAGAAGAAGGUGACUCAGGCAAAAUCUUUUUUCUUCGUUUUCAGCGGCGACAGACUUCGGAGAGUGUUUAACCAACUGGACACUAAUGCAGACGGGCGCAUCGACACGACUGAAGUCCAAGGCAUUCUGUUGGCACUUGCAGACCCAGCAAACGAAGAACUCCUGCGUACACUCUUUCAACUUAAUGGUCUAUCACUGGACGCUGGGUUGACCUAUGAGCAAUUCAUAACCUUAUUCUCCGAUCCUGUCUUUGUGUGA